GCGCAUUACCAACAGUAGAACAGCUGUAAUAGAUAGGAAAGUAGAGACGGGUCUGCUUGUUUAUCAACAGUGGCGGCUCGAAAUUAACUAUUAUCUGAAGACAGAAUGUCGGAUGAAUCCUGAAGAAGCCUCCGGUCCACCCCUGACGGAUCUCCGGGCUCUGUGAUGGACAGCGUGGAGGAGGACCUGACCUGCUCGGUGUGCUACUCGCUCUUCUCUGACCCGCGCGUCCUGCCGUGUUCCCAUACUUUCUGCAAACACUGCUUGGACAACCUGCUCCAGGUGUCCAGCAACACCUCCAUCUGGCGCCCGCUGCGCCUGCCCAUCAAAUGCCCCAACUGCCGCAGUGUGGCGGAGCUGCCCCCGACCGGUGUGGACGCUCUCCCGUCCAACGUGUCUCUGCGAGCCAUUGUUGAGAAAUACCAGAGGGACGGCGAACCUCGAGCGCAGUCCUGCCAGGAGCACAGCAGGCAGCCUCUGAACAUGUACUGCAUCCAGGACCGGCAGAUGAUCUGCGGUCUGUGUCUGACCAUCGGCCAGCACCAGGGUCAUCCCAUAGAUGACCUGCAGGCAGCUUUCAUCAAAGAAAUGGAAACCCCGGUGCUGCUGCUCUCCAGGUUGUCAGAGCAGAGAUGGAGUCAGAUCUGUGAGCUGGGGGAGCAGCUAGAGCAGGAGAAGGCCCGCUGUGACGCCCUGCUGAGGCAGGACACCCAGGAGGUCAAUCAGUACUUCACCUCGUUAGAGGAGGUUCUGGCCAGGAAGAAGCAGGCCUACUUGGAGGCUUUGAGGAGAGCUUCGGCUGAGGUAUCAGAGGCCUAUGACCCGCUCAUCCACAGAGUCAAGGAGCUGCAGGAGGAGCAGUUGGAUCUGGUGUCUUUAGGAUCAUCUGUGGAGGAGGAAGAAUCCCCUUUGGUGUUUUUGGAGAAGGUUCAUCAGUUCAGAGAUCGGGUGGAGAAGUUCCUCGAAUCCCCGCUGCCCUCUGUGAUCAGCCUCUCGGUGACGCCGCCAGCCUCUGAGUUUCUGCAGCAGAACUGGCCCGCCGUGACCAUCGGCAGCCUGGAGAAGGCGCCUGUCCCCAAACUGCGCUGCUGUGCCAGAUGUAACGGCGGCAGUAUAGAGACUGAAGCGAAAGUAACCUCUCCCGCCUCGAACAGGUGGUGUCGGCUGCAGCCCGCUGGUUCUGUGCUGCUCCUGGGCCUGCUGCUGCUGCUGGCAGCGCUGUGGGCCAACCCUGUUGGAGAAGCAUCACUCGGCUUCUCUGCCCUGUCCAGCUUCAGUCAGCUGGUCCAGGCUCUGAGCGAUGACCUGCUCACAUCAGUCUGGGAUAGCCUGGCGCGGCAGUGGGCGGAGUUUGGGGCGGCUCUGCAGGAGUGGGGCUCACAGCUGUCUGUAUUCAAAGACUGUCUCUCUCAGCAAGUGGCCACCUUAUUUAAAACUCUUUCUCACUGAGGGAGGAUAAACUGGAGACAGAACUCUUUAAAUUGUUUCCCAAAAGUAAACUUUUAUAUCAUUAAUACUGAAACAUUUACCAGUUGUUUUUGUUUAACUUGGUCUGUUUUCUUUUAUUAGCAUUU